UGUAAAAAUAAUGGUACGUGCUCAACGGUUGAUAACGGUUACAGCUGUAGUUGUACUCCUGGGUAUUUAGGAGAAAACUGUGAUGGAAAGAUAUAUUUGAAUGUGUGUCUACCUAACCCAUGUAAGAAUAAUGGAACGUGUUCACCAGUUGAUAACAGUUACAGCUGUAAUUGUGCUAUAGGAUAUUUAGGAAAAAACUGUGACGUGAAUCUGUGUCUACCCGACCCAUGUAAAAAUGGUGGUACUUGUUCACCAGUUGAUAACGGUUACAGCUGUAAUUGUCCUACAGGAUAUUUAGGAGAAAACUGUGAUGUGAAUCUGUGUCUACCCGACCCAUGUAAAAAUGGUGGUACUUGUUCACCAGUUGAUAACGGUUACAGCUGUAAUUGUCCUACAGGAUAUUUAGGAGAAAACUGUGAUGUGAAUCUGUGUCUACCCGACCCAUGUAAAAAUGGUGGUACUUGUUCACCAGUUGAUAACGGUUACAGCUGUAAUUGUCCUACAGGAUAUUUAGGAGAAAACUGUGAUGUGAAUCUGUGUCUACCCGACCCAUGUAAAAAUGGUGGUACUUGUUCACCAGUUGAUAACGGUUACAGCUGUAAUUGUCCUACAGGAUAUUUAGGAGAAAACUGUGAUGUUAACCCAUGUGAUAUCAACAACCCCUGUUUAAAUGAUGGUACGUGUUAUCCAUCAGAAGGUGGCGUGAGUUGCAGCUGUCCUCUUGGAUUUGAAGGGUCCUUUUGUCAAGAAGAUUUAUGUGACCCGAGUCCUUGUACCGAGAUCGGGGAUACAUGUUUUCGUGUUGAUGGUGGAUUUGAAUGUCGAUGUAUUUAUAUUGUAAAUGAUGAAAUUAUAACAUCACCGAAUUAUCCACUUGAAUAUCCAAACAACUUCGCCAUUUGCUAUCUUGUAAUUGGCCGACCUGAACAGAAUAUCACCUUAACUCUUGGCGGACAAUUUAACAUUGAGUUCACUGAUGGGUUUAUAGUGAUUAGUACAUGCCGGGGCGAACUAUCUACAACAUGUAUUAAAGAUUAUCUAACGCUUCAGGGAGUAAGUUAUUGUGGUGGGGCACCGCCAGACCCUAUCAUAGUACCAACUGGUGAAAACACCACCGUGAGAUUCGAAACAGAUUCCAUCUUUACAUGCCUUGGUUUUAACCUGAGCAUUACCUACACAGAUGUAUAAAGCCAAGACAUCAAGAGAUGUAUACAUUUUGAGACAUCAAGAAUAAGUCGUGUUAUAGCCAUCAAUGUAAUAACUAUAUCCAAAUUAAUCUAAAUUCAUUUAAAUAACAAAACUAAAUCCAUUCUAGAAACUGACCAAUAACCUAAAUAAACAAUUCUUACUGUAA